AUGGAACUGACACCAGUCUAUUGGAUCUUUUGGAUUUUAUUCUUGGACAGCUGUGGAUUCACUGCAUGUCAGUCUGCAGGUUCUCUGAUUGUCAGACCCAACAGACGUCAGUUCUUGGAAUAUGAGUCUGUUACUCUGAGCUGUGAGGUCCAGGGUGGUUCUACUGGAUGGGGAGUGAAGAGGAACUCAAGUGGAAAGCGUACAGAGUGUGGUGAUGGAUGGGGGAGGGUGGAUGGAACCAACUGCAUCAUCUCCUCACCCAAAUUAGCAGACAGUGGAGUUUACUGGUGUCAGUCUGAAUCUGGAGAACACAGUAAUACUGUCAACAUCACAGUACACGAUGUGAUCCUAGAGAUUCCCAUCCUCCCUGUGACUGAGGGAGAUAAUGUGACUCUCAGCUGCAGACCUAAGGAAACUCCUUCUGACCUCACAGCUGAUUUCUACAAAGAUGGAUCCUUCCUCAGAACUGAGUUUACAGGAAAGAUGACCAUCCCUGCAGUUAACAAGUCAGAUGAAGGAUGGUACUGGUGUAGACACCCUAAAGGAAACUCCUCAAAGAGCUGGAUAACUGUGACAGCUCCUUUUAUUAAAUCCUUAGAUCCAUCCUCAUCUCCUCCUCCAUCCUCAUCUCCUCCUCCGUCCUCAUCUCCACCGUCUCCAGAGGAGCUGACCAAGAAGACUGAAUGUCUCUUACUGGAUGGAUGGGAGGACAUGAGCCCUUGGACCUCAGGACCAACAAGCCCAAAUGACUCGCAGCUGUCCCUGCCCGAUGUCCUUCUGGAUGUGUUGCCGACCAAGUAGCUGCCUGAGGAUUCCUGUGGCCACUGCCCAGACCCACCUGAUUGUCUGUGUCCUUGUCCACCUGGCUGUGCAACUGACUUCUGUUCAACGACUCACAGCCCACUUGAAGUUAUUUACAUGCUUGUCUUCUGAUCAUGCAACAACAUUGACGUGGGCCAUGAGGUUAUGUUCUCUCAUAAUCUUCACUGGGCACAGCUAGAAGACUGGCCACCCCUCAAAGACUGGUUCCUCUGUAGGUUUCUUCUUAAGUUUUGACCCUACUAUUGAGUUUUUUCCCAGUCAUUGUGCAUUAACUCCUGUUGUUUGCUCUUUGGGGUUUCAUGCCAGGUCUCUUUAACUUUCAAAAGGGAAAAACAUUUAUUUUCUAAUAGCUAGCCAAUGCCAAUUUUUUUAGUAAAUUUACAUGUACAUUU